CCAGGCGGACCUGAGGGAAACCCGCGGCUUUUUUCAGCAUGGCGUAUCCUCAGGGCUUCCUGUACCAGCCCGCCGCCCCCCUAGCCCUCUACUCCUGCCCCCCGCCGUAUGGAGCGCGCGCCGAGGAGCUUAGCAGGUCCUCCUCAUCUUCUUCAUCGUCGUCCUCUUCCUCCUCCUCCUCGUGCUCCUCCGGAUCUGCCUUCGCUCCGUACGCGGGAUCCACAGCCUUCACGAGCCCUGCGCCCUUCAGCUCGCUCCAGUACGGAGCGGAACCGGCGCCGCUCUCCGCCUUCGUGGGCUCUCCGUAUGACCCCGGCCCAGGUGUGGGGGGCACUAUGGGGUUCCCCCCGUACGGCGGCGCGCUGGGCCCCUUCCCGCCCCUGGACCCCGCUUACCGCAAAAACGCCACGCGCGACGCCACGGCCACGCUGAAGGCCUGGCUGAGCGAGCACCGGAAGAACCCGUACCCCACCAAGGGCGAGAAGAUCAUGCUGGCCAUCAUCACCAAGAUGACCCUCACCCAGGUGUCCACCUGGUUCGCCAACGCCAGGAGGAGACUGAAGAAGGAGAACAAGAUGACGUGGAUCCCCCGGAACCGGAGCGAGGACGAGGAGGAGGAGGAGAACAUCGAUCUGGAGAAGCACGAGGAGGACGACGAGCCACUCAAAGCCACUGAGGCGGCCACUGAGGCCAGCAAAGAGUUAGGUGGUCUUCCUAUCUGUCCAAGCUCCAUCACGUGUGAGAGUCACACUGAAAGCCCCUCUGAUGAAGCGGACCGUACUACAGAGCGGGAGAAACGUGCGUCCCCGCUGCCCACCGCCCCCUCCCCUGAGCCCCGGGCUCCAGGACAGCUCCCCGGACCCGGAGAGCCGGCACAGCCCCCAAACCCGCCCCCCAAACCCAAACUAUGGUCACUGGCCGAGAUGGCCACGUCGGACAAGGGGAACAGUGAGCGCGCGCAACCUUGCGUCCGUACUCAUAGCCCAGCGCCCUUAACGCCCCCCCGCGCGCAUCACUGCCACUUUCCCCGAGUGCAGCAUCUGUACUGCGCGCCCGCGGCCUUCUACCCUGCCUUCACGAACUACAGCGCGCUGAGCCACCUGAGCACGAGCCCCGCGCCCGGCCAGCCCCGCGCCGGCGGACUAAGAGCGGGAGCGGUGCUUAGAGAGAGCGCGCUCAGAGCCCCCACAGCCACGGACACGCGCAGAGAAUCCGCCUUCGAGCACAGGCUGGGCACGGCGAACGUCAAAUAGCCUCAGUCUGCUGUCUCAGCGCGAUCCUCUGCAGAUCAGACGGUGAAAGGCUCUGAGGAGCGGGGUCAGCAGGAGUGGCUCCCUGCAGCCUGCCUGCGUGACUGCACAUCUGUGUACAUGAAGCUUUUUGUAUUCAAAGGGAGUUUUAUGAGAUUAUAUGAAGUAAAAAUAUUGCUUCUUCGCUAAUCCGUCAGUGUAAAAGAGGAGCUGUGCAAGAGGUCAAAGUGAACUGACUGUUCAGAUUCCACAUUAACUGUUUGGGUUUGAAUCACUGCUGGAUAUUCAUGUACUGAAUGACUGCCAUUCACAGAACUUAUGCUUUAGUCUAAGAACAUAAAAUGUCCCCAUCUUACGUUUUUUCUCACAAGACUUAUGAACUCAUUUGGGUAAAAUCACAAGGGUACACUGGGUCAGAUAAGGCCCUUUUUAAGGAAUAUUCCUGCUUUUUCUUUCUUGAUCUCUAUUUACAGCAGCUGCCUACCGGCGUCUGUUAUUAAUUAUGAAUUAUGCUUAGAGUCCAUAGGUUUUCUGUUCUUUUAGUAAGUACAGGGAAUGUGUCAAAGUUGUUCUUUAUGGCUACAGUCCAGGCAGAAAGAGAUUAGGUUGAAAAAUGCUGGAGUAUUCCUUUAUUGGUAAUACAGUUGUAUGCAAAAAUUUGGGCAUCCCUGAGCAAUUGACAUGUUUUGUUGAUUUUCUGAGUGAAACCAAGUGAACACAUCCU